UUUGCGGCAAAUAUUUUUGUUUCCACUACAACAUGCCCAUUCGGCGCUUUGGAGCUCACAGGUCUCUCGUCUCUCAAAUUCCAAAGCUGUCGUACGGUUACGGCAAAAUGAAUGUUUCAAGACCUGGAUAUCGUGUUUUUUCUGCCAACUCCACCGCCGCCUGCACAGAACUGGCCAAAAAGAUUACUGAACGUUUGGGUGUGGAGUUGGGUAAGUCUGUGGUUUACCAAGACUCCAACAGAGAAACAAAAGUGGAUUUGAAAGAGUCGGUGCGUGGACAGGACAUAUUUAUCAUUCAGACCAUUCCCAGAGAUGUCAACACUGCCAUCAUGGAGCUGCUGGUGAUGGCUUAUGCCCUGAAGAUGUCCUGUGCCAACAACAUCAUCGGGGUCAUUCCCUACUUCCCGUACAGCAGGCAGUGCAAGAUGAGGAAGAGAGGCUCCAUUGUCUGCAAGCUGCUAGCUUCUAUGUUAGCUAAAGCAGGACUGACGCACAUCAUUACCAUGGAUCUCCACCAGAAAGAAAUCCAGGGAUUUUUCACCUUCCCAAUGGACAACCUGAGAGCUUCUCCCUUCCUCAUCCAGUACAUACAGGAGGAGAUCCCAGACUACAGGAAUGCUAUAAUUGUUGCAACGUCUCCAUCAGCUGCCAAGAGAGCUCAGUCCUACGCUGAGAGGCUGCGGCUCGGACUUGCUGUCAUUCAUGGACAGGCACAACAAUCAGAGUACGACACGAGUGAUGGUCUAACUUCUCCUCCGUGGUCCCGUGCUGCUGCAGAACACACUGGUCUGGAGCUACCGUGCAGCAGACAUCAAACUCCGUUCCCUGGGAUCGAGCUCCCAAUUAUGAUGGCGAAGGAGAAACCACCUAUCACUGUUGUCGGAGAUGUAGGAGGCAGAAUUGCCAUCCUUAUUGAUGACAUUAUAGAUGACGUGGAGGGCUUUGUUGCAGCGGCAGAAAUCCUGAAGGAGAGGGGAGCGUACAAAAUCUACAUCAUGGCUACACAUGGUCUGCUGUCUGCUGAAGCACCGAGGCGAAUAGAGGAGUCUGCUAUUGACGAGGUGGUGGUUACCAACACUGUUCCUCACGAGGUACAGAAGCUUCAGUGUCCAAAAAUCAAAACUGUGGAUGUCAGUAUGAUCCUGGCUGAGGCCAUCAGGCGAAUCCACAAUGGAGAGUCCAUGGCUUACCUGUUCCGAAACAUUGCCGUGGACGACUGAGGCAAAAACAAACAAACAA